AUGGUCACCUUCUGCGAAGGCAUCUCGAACUUCCUCGGAAGUGCAGACCUGUCCGACUUCACCAUCACUUGCGGCGGACACAAAUGGCCCGUACACCGGCUCUGUCUUUCGCUCCACUCAAGCGUCCUGGCCAAGGCGUGUAACGGAGACUUCAAGGCACGCUACCUAGAGGGCCAGCAAAAGACCUACGAUUUCUCAGAAUAUCCGAAGGAAACUGUCGCAGCGCUUGUCAGAUAUCUUUACAACUUCGACUACGAGGUCCAUGGUGAAGAGCAUGGCCAACGCAUGUGCUUUCAUGUCGCGCUCGCAAUCAUGGCCGAUAAGGUACCCAAAGCAUUCGAUGACCACGAGGAAGGCAUCUUCGCUGACAUGAGGCAGUACGACAUCCCCGGUCUCAAGACUCUCGCAACAGAGAAGUUCCAAGCCACCGUCGACGAGACGCAACACGCAGCCGAGCUUGCAGAAGUAGCAAUCGUAGCUUAUGGCGCUGAAGCCGCAACAAAGGACAUCUGCAAGGCCAUAGCCACCCAGCUGGUCAAACACGAAUCCUCAUUACCCGGACGCGAAGAGGGCGAACCCAUCGAGACUGUGCUCCAAGACUACCCACAGCUCGCGGUGGAGAUCAUCAAACUCAUGAGACCUAAGGUGAGCGAGUAUCCGAGGCCGCCUGAGUGUGUGGAGAAGAUCUAUACGUGCCCAAUGGGGUGUGGAGCUAAGUUAAAGGCCUAUAUCCCCAACAACAAGGGCGACUAUACCUGUCCGAAGUGCGGGCAGGACCGCUGGGGCCAGAACUGGGCGAGGUGUGUUCAAAGCAGUUGA